AUGUCUUCCAGCGAGGAUGGCAAUGUUAAUGUUAUCCCCAUGGAGAACUUUGCCAGUGAUGGAGACAUGAGUACCUGGCCUGGGGGUCAGUACACUGAACGCUCUGACUUGCGUUGGCGGCAGUUACUUGCUGAGAACUGGCUCAAAGAGAUGGGCACUUAUGAAGAGGGUGUCAUUCAUACCAUUGAAAAGUUGCCUGACGGGUACUGUCUAUUUGAGCGACCUCGUGGGACCAACCCUGAUAUGUUUGAUCCUUUCCUCUUUGGCCAUCCCAGUGGAAAGUACUUUCAGUCACAGAGAACAUUUUUCCCGCAUUUCCUCUCUCUGGUCAAAAACGAGCUAGACAAGUGUACUUGCAAGCUCUGUGGCAAGAUGAAGGAGAGCCAAGGGACCGCGGCGCAGGGGACCGCGGCGCAGGGGACUAGACGUGCUGCACAGCCAACCACUAAUGAGCGUCGACCCGCCGAUGAAGAGGGACCAGAUUACUGGCGAAUCUUGGUUAUGAAAUUGAAAGACAAGGGGAGUCUCGAUGAAGAGAUUGAGCAACGAUUCAACUUUGACUGGGUGUUGACGCAUGAAUGGCUUUCGGAUUACUUCAUGAAACUAGUUCUAGAUCCCGCUUACGUCCCCCGUCGCGGUGAGCUUGUUCUCUGGAUCUGGCAGGGUCUUGAAGACGGCUGCCUGAUGCGCAACCCUGAGACUGGCCUCGUUGAAAUUUUCGGCAACGACAACAAGUGGCAUGGCGUGCCCAAUUGGCGUGCCGGCGUGGUGACCCAAACCCCUGAGGAGGAAGGGCAUAUGGUCGAUAUUGUUGAAGCUCCGGACAGUCCACGCGGGCUGAGCUACUCUGGAUUCCGGGUGGAGACUCUCCCAGAUCCCCUGGGUAAUGACAAGUCUUACUCUGUGCAAUACGCCUAUGUUCCGCUGCGGAAUAUCAAACCUUUUAACACAUGGCAACUCUACCUCAAUGGCCAGGAGCGAGAUGAUAUUCAUCCAUCUAUUGAGAACGCCAUGACUGUCAUGUCUUCCUGGAGUAUGGUUCACAUGUUCCACAUCAUUGGCACAUGGCCCAGCGCCAGGAUCCACUGCAAGGGAAUCUUCAUUGGAGCCGAGCUCCUUGCCGUACACGACACCGUCCGUCUGAGGCCCCAAGGAUUCCAUCCCGACCAGCUCAAAAAUGGAACAGUCGGCGAAGUGACAGAAGUGAUGGUUAUUGAAAAGAUCGCACUCUGCCUUUCAGAGUGUAUCGACGACGACGAGGAGCACCUAGCAAAACACUUCACAGCCCUGAUCUCCGGUAAGAUGUUCACCACCAAUCCGAAUCGCAUUACCGAAGAAGGCCCAUUCAAAGACACAAGCCCCGUGCCAUCCACCGCCGAAGAAUCAACCGGUCCUAUCCCACUCACUACGGAAGAAGCAACCGCUACCUUCCGCCAGGUCACCAUGAGCGACUACGGUCCCUGGUACCGUAUGGCCAACGGUAAAACCUGCAACGUCACCCCCCACUUUAUCGUCGGUCGUUGCUACGAACCGCUCGCGGCAGAGCUUAUGUUUGGCACUCACGCCUUGGGUUACGACGUGUCCGGCGUGAUGGAAGGCCGGGAGUACUCAUCCCAAGUCGAUACACGCAUGGCUGAAGGCAACACAUGGUUCUGGGGCGACUGCCGGGUGGAGACUCUCGGACUAACUGAAAUCAACGGUGUUGAAUGCGGUCUCACGGCACCGCAGCGCCAAGACCCGCGCAAGUGGCAGGCGAUCAUCAAAAUGUCGCACGGCGAAGUUAGUCACGCUCUCCGGAAGCAGGCUCAGAUUCCUUCUUCUAGCGGUCAACCCCUCAAGUCUUCGUCUUCGUCUUCGUCCGCUCCAAAGGGUCGAGGUCGACCGAAGACUGGUCUUGCACACGUUGCGCAGACGAGUAAGCUGGUUAGCUCUGCUAUUGGCAGUGCGCCGGAGACUGAGGAUGACUCCUUUGAGGAUGCAAUUGAGGAUGCCAAUGAAUUGGCUGAAGAUCAAGUGUCUGGUGGUAUCUCUGCGCUGGGGCUUCAGGGUGGUCCUUCUUCUGGGGAGGAUAAUGAUUAUCCAAUUGCGUAG